AUGGAAGUGGAGAGCAGUGUGAUGGGAACCCAGUCUCCAAAAUUUGCUCUGCCUGUGGACUCUGAUCACAAGGCCACCGAGUUCAGAUUGUUUUCCAUAGCCAAACCCCACAUGCGAGCGUUUCACUUGUCCUGGUUUUCCUUCUUCCUCUGCUUUGUCUCCAGCUUCGCCGCGCCGCCUCUCAUUCCUGUCAUACGUGACAACCUCAAUCUAACGGCUACCGACAUCGGUAAUGCCGGGAUAGCUUCAGUUUCUGGUGCAGUGUUUGCAAGAAUAGCCAUGGGAACUGCCUGUGACUUAUUUGGACCGCGGCUUGCCUCUGCCUCGCUCAUCCUCCUCACUGCACCAGCAGUCUUUUUCACUUCCGUGGCCUCAUCUCCAAUCUCUUUCCUCCUCGUGCGUUUCUUCACAGGCUUCUCUUUGGCCACUUUCGUCUCAACCCAAUUCUGGAUGAGCUCCAUGUUCUCUCCUCCAGUUGUUGGCACAGCCAAUGGAGUUGCAGGCGGGUGGGGAAACUUGGGUGGUGGAGCAACGCAGCUGAUCAUGCCCCUUGUUUUUGACGUCAUCAAGAACAUUGGCGCUGCCAAGUUCACAGCUUGGAGGAUCGCCUUCUUCAUCCCUGCCCUGUUUCAGACGCUUUCAGCAUUUCUUAUUCUGAUAUUUGGUGAGGACAUGCCAGACGGGAACUUCCAUGGCCUUCAGAAAUCUGGGGAGAAGCCAAAAGACAAAUUCUCAAGCGUCUUCUACCAUGGGGUUACAAAUUACAGAGGGUGGAUUUUGGCUUUGACUUAUGGAUAUUGCUUUGGGGUUGAGCUGGCAGUGGACAACAUAAUAGCAGAGUACUUUUAUGACAGAUUCAAUCUGAAUCUCCACACUGCAGGGAUCAUAGCAGCAACUUUUGGUUUGGCAAAUAUUGUUUCUAGGCCUGGAGGAGGGAUUCUGUCAGAUGUAGUGGCAAAGAGGUUUGGGAUGAGGGGCAGGUUGUGGACUUUGUGGAUUGUACAAACCUUUGGAGGUGUCCUCUGUGUUAUUCUUGGGCAGGUGAAUUCUUUGACUGCAUCCAUUGCUGUGAUGAUUUUGUUCUCCUUCUUUGUCCAAGGUGCUUGUGGGCUUACAUUUGGGGUGGUUCCUUUUGUCUCGAGAAGGUCAUUAGGGGUCAUAUCUGGUAUGACAGGAGGAGGUGGAAAUGUGGGUGCGGUUCUGACCCAACUGAUAUUCUUCAAAGGAUCAAAAUAUUCAAAAGAAACAGGCAUAACUCUAAUGGGGAUCAUGAUCAUCUGCUGUACCCUCCCAAUGACUUUGAUUUACUUCCCACAAUGGGGUGGCAUGUUCUGUGGUCCAUCUGAAAAGAAGGCCACAGAAGAAGACUACUACAUGUCUGAGUGGAGUUCGAAGGAGAAGGACAAAGGGUUUCACCAGGCAAGUGUCAAAUUUGCUGAGAACAGCAGAAGUGAAAGAGGAAAACACGACUCUGUAACCAGGCCUUCUGAUGAGACUUCACCACCACAUGUGUGA